UUCAUCAUCACGCAGCUUUUCUUCCGGGCGGAAACCUUCCUAAAGUUCCUGAAGGACUGCAGAGCCAUAGGGAUCACCUGCCCCAUCCUUCCGGGAAUCUUUCCCAUCCAGGGUUAUUGUUCCUUGCGGCAGUUGGUGAAACUCUCCAAGCUCGAGGUACCCAGAGAAAUCACGGAUGUGAUUGAACCCAUGAAGGACAAUGAUGCUGCCAUCAGGAAUUAUGGUAUUGACCUGGCGGUGUCUAUGUGCAGGGAGCUGCUGGACAGUGGAGCGGUACACGGGCUGCACUUCUACACUCUGAACCGGGAGGUGGCUACCAUGGAUGUGCUAAGGCGCCUGGGGUUGUGGCAGGAGGAUCCCAGACGGCCUCUCCCGUGGGCGGUCAGCGCACAUCCGAAGAGAAGAGUGGAGGAUGUUCGCCCCAUUUUCUGGGCCUCCAGACCAAAGAGCUACAUUCACAGGACACAGGAGUGGGAUGACUUCCCGAAUGGGCGCUGGGGUAACUCGUCAUCUCCAGCCUUUGGAGAAUUGAAGGAUUAUUACCUCUUCUACCUGAAGAGCAAGUCGGCACGAGAUCAGUUGCUGAAAAUGUGGGGGGAGGAGUUAAGCAGUGAGGAGAGCGUAUAUGAGGUCUUCACUAGCUACAUAUCUGGGAACCCCAACAAGAAUGGACACAAGGUGACCUGUUUGCCUUGGAACGAUGAUCCGCUGGCCCAAGAAACCAAUUUUCUGAAGGAACAGCUUGAAAAGGUCAACAAAAGAGGAAUCUUGACCAUUAACUCACAGCCUAAUGUGAACGGGAAGCCAUCCACGGAUCCAGUUGUUGGCUGGGGCCCCAGCAAGGGCUAUGUGUUCCAAAAGGCCUACCUGGAGUUCUUUACAUCCAGCGAGAUGGUGACCGCUCUUACCAAAGUCUUAAAGAGAUAUGAACCUCGUGUCAACUACCAUAUCGUCAAUGUACACGGUGAAAACAUCACCAAUGCCCCCGACCUCCAACCAAAUGCUGUGACGUGGGGCAUCUUUCCUGGCCGCGAAAUUAUCCAGCCUACGGUGGUGGAUCCAGAUAGCUUCAUGUACUGGAAGGAUGAAGCCUUUGCCUUGUGGAUCGAGCAGUGGGCAAAGCUUUAUGAGGAGGAAUCACCAUCUCGAAUGAUCAUCCAGUACAUCCACGAUAAUUAUUUCCUAGUCAACUUGGUGGACAACGACUUCCCCCUGGAGAACUGCCUGUGGCAGGUGAUAGAAGACACAUUUCAAGAACAUGACAACCCAACAGAGCAAUGA